AAAGAGAGGGAAAGGAAAAAAAGGAAGAGAGGAACGGCCAACGAGCCAAGACAUAUAUCUCCUCGCGACCGACCUCAGAACGUGCAGCCUACCGCCACUACUCGAGACCUGCGCGCAGUCGACUCCAGACGUCCGUUCCCCGCGCUAUAUAUCGGUGCCGUGCAAGCACUUACGUGAAGCUCCUUCGUCGCCGCCAACAUGUCGAGCGCCACGACCCAGACCCGCACCGAGGUGAAGAAGGUCCACCGGGUGUUCGAGGGCUCCACCGCCGCCGACGUGCGGCGCCAGAUGGACGAGUUCGCCAAGGAGUUCCCGGACUGCAUGCGCUACUUGGACGACAUGUUCCCCGAGCACAAGCUGCUCCCUUCUAGCGGCGGACCACCGAGGCCUGAGCGCCAGGAGAGUAUCGUCAAGGAGGUCAAGGUGCUGCCCAGUGACGACAAGGACAAGAUCUCCGUCGAGCUCGACGUCGAGGGCUUCAAGGCAGACGACAUCUCGCUGAAGGCCGUUGGCCGCAACAUGACCAUCCGCGCCUUCAACGAGAAGACCGAGGGCGACACGACCGUCAGGCGCGAGCUCAAGAGGAACGUGGUGCUGCCCGAGGGCGUUGAUGUCGAGAAAAUCGCCUGCAAGCUGACGCCCGAGAACAAGCUCAUCGUGCAGAUCCCACUGCCUGUAGAGAAGAGCCAGGGCAUCGAGUACCUAAUCCCCGUGCGCUGCGAUAUCGAGCGCAGCGUGAGCCGCGACAACUUCGGCGCGGGAGCCAAGGCCGUCGACCGAUGAACAACGAGGAGGGAGACGUCGAUCGCCCAGAGAACAUUGCUUUGAUCUGCCUCGGUCUCCGUGGCCGUGGACCAUCGAAACGACAGUGAUGCAAAAAUUUCGCCCAUAAUUGGAGAAAAGGGACGCUCAAAAAAAACUUCGCGCCUAAUCUUUCCGGUUACCUUUGUCACGAGUCUUUCUAGUCUCUACAAAUGAGUUCUGUGUACGCUCUAGACAACCGGGAUCGACUUUGUAUUAAGCUCGCCACCAAAAGGUGGAGGGUAGAAGCUCAAUAGCGGCAACAGAAGCUUCUGCUUCCGUCGUCGCCAUUGCGCUAAAUCAUCUGGUUUUUUUUUGUUGUUGUUCUCUGGCGUAUUGCGUUCAUUAUUGUGGCUGCCAUUAAUCGUUGUUUCUUUUGUACGUCAAUGUACACUCGCGCCCAGUCUGCGAGCAAUGAAGUUGUUUAUUUACUGCUCGA